ACACCACUUGCCUCCUCUUACCGCGCGCGCCGACUCGCCGUACUCGUCGCUUGGCCCAUUUGCACAUAUACUACACACCUCCUCUCCCCGACACACACUACUCAUCGCCAUCGACACUCCUCUUCUACCCAUCACCAGUGACGACAUCAACACGACCACGGGCACACACGGGUAGAUCACGUCGUUGAUCCACUCCACUCCAGUCAAGCACCACUCAUCGGUGUAGUUCCAUCUCGGUGAGUACAGUGCCCACGUCCCAGCCUACCUUCCUCGCGUCCAUCUCUCCCUCCUCCUUCCCACUCCCUCCUCCUCUCUCCUUCUCUCUCUCUCUCCUUCCUCCGGUGUCAAAUCCUCUCCUUCCUCAUCCACCCGAGUCGCCCUCGGCGCGUCGUCCAUUGGCCCAACUUUUGCUUCUCGGACCCACGGCGGAUCCAGCACGCGCGCGCCGCUCGUUCACGGCACCGGCAUUCUCAUCGGGAUUGCGCAUGCAUGUUGCCACCAACAGCCCCCCAAGCUCCAUCACACUCCAUCGUCAUCAUUCGAUAAGGGCGGUGUGGAGAGCUGUGUAUAUCAUGACGACCUGGCCGCCGACCCACGGGGAAUCUCCUUUGGCGAGUUGGCGAAUAGGCGUCCACCCAGCCAGUGACCAACUCCGGCGUCUUCGGCCGCAGUGGGACAUCUAGGCAGGCUGGCCAGUGGACGCUGUGCCCGCCGCCGCCUUCGCCGCCACCCACCACACACGCGCAUGCAUUGCACACGCGCGCACAGCACGGGCUCUGCAUCGUGGUGGCCGUUUCAUGUACGGGCGCCCACUGCCGGUUGCGUCAAGCCACACGUCCCAUUACGGCCACCUCAUGUUGGCGCUGUCUCGCGGCCGGUCCCUUCUCGGCACCUGGCUUGGUGACCUUGAGAGGCUUGCCUCGAGGCAGCGUCGGCUUCCAAAGGACCAUGGCAGGUCAUGCACGCCGAGCGCCUCCCGCGGGGGUUUUGGCAAAGCACGGGGGGCCCAUUGGGCGACAACAAUGGGCGGCACACCAAACACGUUUGGAAGGACGCGUUGAUUGCCGUCAUUGUGUGGAGCAACAACAAUGGUCAAUUCGGCGUUGUCCUCGCCUGCACACCACCUUGGAGGGCUGUCCUCUCCCAUCCCACUCACAUCCUCCCCGCAUUCAUCAUCAUCAUUCUCACGAGCAAUCCUUUCGGUCAUUCUUUGAUCGUUUGGCCGAAUCGGCUCAUCGCCCUUUCAUUGCCACCACCACACUCCCAUCCCCACCCGCACCGCCCAUCCCCCGGCCGGCUCUUGUCGUCGCUCGACGAGCAGAGCAACAACAAACCACCUAUCAACCACAACCCCGCCUCCUUUCCUCCACCCACCUCCCCUACUCUUCACACCAUGAACUCCCUUCUAAUCCCAUCCCAGAAGCCCUCCGCGUCCCGCAGCAGCAGCUCUCGAGCAGUCGCCUGCCCACCAGCUCAGCCUUCACCAGCACACCGCCGUUCGCCAGCUUCAGCCAACACAAGAGAGGCGUCGCCCGACGACUACUGGGUCUCUUCAACCUCACCUUCGAGCUCACACUCAUCCUCUGCGAGUCCCAAGACUCCGCACUACCUCGGACACAGCACACCCGCCUCGCCCCGGUCACAACCGAGCUCACUUCCUCGGUCUCCAGCUUCGUGUUACGCACACCUCGAGCCCACACUCUCCCCCCAGCCACAUUUGGAGCGUAUUGAAGCCCGCCGCGCCGAGAUCCAAAGCCGCGCAACCUCGCUCAUAUCAAUCACCGUCAUGGCCACUGAUUCCGGUCUCAAGCGCAAGGUCGUCAUUCUGGGUUCUCCCAGUGUCGGCAAGACAUCUAUCACCCAACAAUUCACCACCCCGCCAACGUACAACGAGGCCUACUACCCCACUAUCGAGUCCACCAGUACAAGGACUGUCAAGUACAAGGGCAAGGACUACGAGGUGGAGAUUGUCGACACGGCCGGUCAGGAUGAGUUCUCCCUCUUCCCCCCCAAGUAUGCCAUUGGCGUCCACGGCUACAUGCUCGUCUACUCUAUUGCUUCGAGGCAAUCGUUCGAAAUGAUCACGACCCUGCAUGAGAAGAUCCUCGACCAGGGUGGCCUGGAAAAGGUUCCCUGCGUCAUUGUCGGCCAGAAGAGCGACCUCGCCAACGAGCGCCGUGUCACCAAGGCUGAGGGCGAAGCGCUGGCCAAGAAGCUUGGUGCAGCAUUCGUCGAGUCGAGUGCUAGGGACAACCAGAACAUCGACGUUGCCUUUGACGCUCUCCUCGGUGAGAUGCAGCGCGAGUACAACCCCGAGCCCGAGAAGAAGAAGUCUUCUUGGUGGCCUUGGAGCUAGACCAGCAUGGCGAUUAUUUGCCACCCAACAGACGACUCGAUCCACUCCCCACACGCCACCCACCACCACCCCACCCUCGCAUCCCAACAGCACUGCCUCGAGCAUUCCGCCCCCGGCUCUUUCCGCUUAUCUCUCGUUCCGUCUCUUUCCUCUCUCUUCCUACACCUCUGGAACACUCUAACCCCCCUUGUGCCGUAAUGUACCAUCAGCCCUGCUAAGAGCGUGUAGGGCGUCCUCUGUACCAUCAGGCUUGCGCUUUGUGCCACACUGUGUUGCUUGCUUUACCCCGCCAAAGCAUGACUUGCUGUGCGCCAAUGCAAUGUGCCACUUGCUCUCCGACUCUACAUAAAUUCAAUUUCCCAUUUCCUUCCCGUUUUAUACAGGGGGUUUGCCACUCUAAACUGUGUCCAUUGAGUAUCCCUACGUUACAAGUAGACAAGACUUGGCAGGGGGGCGACGGCGACGGCGAUGUCGCCGAGCAUGCAUCGACGUAAUAGG